AUGUCGAGCGGCACGUUCUACGCGUUGUCCGCUGGAACCGCAGUGGCGGCAGUCCUCGUUACGGCCACCAUUGUGUCGAUGGCUUCGAUCGUUGGGGACCUGCAGUCCUUCGAAAACGAGUUUGUUGCUGACAUGAGCGCAUUCAAGGUCAGUGUUGAAUGGAAAAUUUCACUGAACUCAUUCUCUCUUUCAGCUGAAAGCCAACGACGCGUGGUCCCAAAUGAUAGCCGCACGACGGGUCGAGCAGCCAACCGAGAGACUUGCCUUCGAAGGACUCUUCGGUCGUGUCAAGAGACAGUACGCCGGUGGAGUUGCUGCUGCCGGAGCGGGUGGAGAAGGUUAUGCUGCCGCAGGAGGCGCCGGAGGAAGCGGCGGAGGACAGUGCCAGUGUGCUGCUCAGGCAUCCGGAUGCCCAGCUGGGCCGCCAGGACCACCAGGAGAGGCUGGAGCUGAUGGCGAGCCAGGAGAGGCAGGACAGGACGGAGCCUCAGGAGACGCCGGAGCCGCGGAUACGUACGCCGGAUCUGCUGGAAACUGCAUCACUUGCCCAGCAGGACCACCAGGACCUCCGGGUCCAGACGGAAAUGCGGGACCGGCUGGAUCUGCUGGACCACCAGGACCUGACGGGCAAGGUGCGGCAAAUGCAGAGCCAGGACCAGCGGGACCACCAGGACCACCAGGACCAGACGGACAGCCAGGAGCUCCAGGACCUGAUGGACAACCAGGAGCAGGCGGAACUACCAGCACCAACCAACCAGGACCUCCGGGACCACCAGGACCUCCAGGACCUCCGGGAUCAAAUGGAGAAGACGGCCUCGCUCAGCCAUCUCCAGCGGGACCACCAGGACCACCAGGAUCACCAGGAAACGACGGACAACCAGGAGCAGCCGGACCGCCCGGAGGACCGGGAACCGAUGGAGCUCCAGGAUCCGAUGCCGCUUAUUGCCCAUGUCCACCAAGAACUCAGGGAGCUGGUGCCUACUCUGACGGAGGUGCUGGAGACGCUGGAGCCGCUGCGGGAGCCGGAGGAGGUGGAUAUGGAGGAGGAGCUGCCGCUGCUGCUCCAGCUUCAGCUCCAGCAGUCGCCGCCCCAACGGGAGGAUACUCAGGUGCUACUGCUGGCGCCGCACCUUCUGGAGGAUACCAAAGCGGAGCAGCUGGAGGAGCCGCUGUCGCUGCACCAAGUGGAGGACAGUAUCGCCGCAAGAAGGUCCGGCGUGUCCGCCUCAUCCGAGCAUAA